AUGUUCCAUUUAACAAUAAAUUUCGAGGGCAAAACUCAUUUAAAAAAAGUGGAAAGAUUAAUCAAAAUAACACUAGCUAUUUGGGAAAUUAUUAUCGCCGAUACUAUUCGAAGUUUUUUCAAUUUUCUCAGACAAUUUACCAUUCAGUUACAAACAUAUCGUUAUCAUGAACGCUGGUAUCCCGAUGCAGAAUUCAUGGAGCAAUUUAGUGGUCCAACAAUGUAUCCUGAAAAAAAGAAAUUACGUUGGACUCCUAAUUAUAAUGGAAAAAUUUUGCCUGAAGAACGGUGUGUUACAAAUAUGUUUAUAAAUUAUGGACCAGCUCAUCCUUCUGCUCAUGGAGUUUUACGAUUAAUAUUAGAACUUGACGGAGAGAUUGUUCGGACUGCAAAUCCACACAUUGGAUUUUUACAUAGAGGCACAGAAAAAUUAAUGGAAUACAAGACAUAUAUACAAGGUUUACCAUAUUUUGAUCGGUUGGAUUAUGUAUCAGCAAUGGCAAACGAGCAUCCAUAUGUUUUGGCGGUUGAAAAAUUAUUAAAUAUUGAGGUUCCAAUUCGUGCAAAAUAUAUACGAACGUUAUUUGCUGAACUUACACGUAUUUUAAAUCAUUGUAUGGCAUUAUCUGGUGGCAUGUUGGAUUGUGGUGCAAUAACUCCCUUAUUUUGGUUAUUUGAAGAGCGUGAAAAAAUUAUGGAAUUUUAUGAGCGUGUUAGUGGUGGUCGACUUCAUCCGGCGUAUUUUCGACCUGGGGGCGUGUAUAGAGAUAUACCAAUUGGUACAUUGGAUGAUAUUCAUGAUUUUUGUUCAAAAUUUAAUGAACGAAUUAAUGAAAUUGAAGAUGUUAUGUUGCAUAAUCGUAUUUGGAAGGCACGUACUGUUGGAGUAGGUGUUUUAUCCGCCGAAGAUGCAAUAAAUUUGGGUUAUUCCGGUCCAAUGAUACGUGGAUCAGGAGUUAAAUGGGAUUUACGUAAAAAUCAACCAUAUGAAAUUUAUGACCAAUUAGAAUUCGAUGUUGUUGUAGGAGCAAAUGGUGAUAUCUAUGAUAGGUGGUUAGUUCGUUUUGGCGAAUGUCGGCAAUCACUACGAAUGAUAGAUCAAAUUUUAAAUAAAAUGCCACCUGGUGAAGUAAUGACUGAUGAUCAUAAAGUAUGCCCACCCAAACGAUCCCGGAUGCAUACGGAUAUGGAAAGCUUAAUUCAUCACUUUAAAUUAUUCUCAAGUGGAUUCCAAGUUCCACCUGGAGCUACGUACACUGCGACCGAACAUCCGAAAGGUGAAAUGGCGGUUUAUCUUGUAUCUGAUGGUUCCAGUAAACCGUAUCGUUGUAAAAUUAGAACAUGUAGUUUUAUUCAUUUAGGCGGUAUACAAUAUUGGACACAAAAUAUAUAUUUAGCAGAUAUGACAGCUUUACUUGGGACAUUGGACGUGGUAUUUGGAGAUGUUGAUCGAUAA